UUUGACCAUUGACGGCAUCGUCUACGUCAUCGAUCCGGGUUUCGUCAAGGAGAACGUCUACAACCCGGCGACGGGCAUGUCCAACCUCGUCGUUACGCCCUGCUCGAGAGCGUCGGCGAACCAGAGGAGCGGCCGCGCCGGUCGCGUUGGCCCCGGGAAGUGCUUCCGACUGUACACCAAGUUUGCCUACAUGAACGAGAUGGACGAAUCACCAAUGCCCGAAAUCCAGCGAACAAACCUCAACGGCGUCGUGCUUCAGCUCAAGUCCCUGGGCAUCAACGAGUUGCUCGACUUCGAGUUCAUGGACCCACCUCCCACUGAAGCGCUCAUCGGCGCGCUGAACCAGCUCUUCGCCUUGCAGGCGCUCAACCACAAGGGCGAGCUCACAAAGAUGGGUCGGCAGAUGGCUGAGUUCCCGACGGACCCUAUGCUCGCCAAGGCGGUGCUCGCCGCCGACAAGGAGGGCUGCGUCGAGGAGGUGCUCUCGGUCGUGUCGAUGCUCAGUGAGGCAUCGGCGCUCUUCUUCCGGCCCAAGGACAAGAAAAUUCACGCCGACAGCGCGCGGGCGCGGUUCACCGUCAAGGAGGGCGGCGAUCACCUCACCUUGCUCAACAUCUGGAACCAGUGGGUCGACAGCGACUUCUCGCCUAUCUGGGCGCGCGAGAACUUCCUGCAGCAGCGCUCCCUCACCCGGGCCCGCGACGUGCGCGACCAGCUCGCCAAGCUCUGUGAGCGCGUCGAGGUCAGUCCCUCGACGUGCGGCGCGAGCAACCUGCAGCCCAUCAAGCGGGCGCUGACGGCCGGCUUCUUCCCCAACGCGGCGCGCCUGCAGCGCAGCGGCGACAGCUACCGCACUGUCAAGAAGAACGCUACCGUCUACAUCCACCCGAGCUCCGUGCUCAUGGGCGUCGACCCGCCGGUCAAGAUGCUCGUCUACUUUGAGCUUGUGCAGACCACCAAGGAGUACAUGCGCAGCUGCAUGCCCAUCGAGCCCAAGUGGCUGGCGGAGCUGGCGCCGCACUUUUACAAGCAGAAGGACAUGGAGGCGAUGGAGGACAAGAAGAUGCCCAAGGCGAGGAACUACGAGCGGUAAACUCCGAGAACCGAGGCGUUGAAGGAAGGGGUGGGCCCAGCGGCUGGCGGAACGGCGGGUUUUAGCCCAGAUUGAAUAAGUCGAACGAAUUCAUGUCCAAAACGCUUGACUCACGCCACUGUCUGCUGGGAUUUCUACGAGCGGUUUGCCCAUUUCCCUAUUUUCCGAUGGUGCAAUUUAUCUGUUCCUCGCGAGUCUCGACUAACACCGCCCACCCACGUCGACCGACGGCCAGCCGGUCCGGGUUUCACAUGUCGCCGUCCGGACGCCGGCGCACCAGCAACGCUUUCCCCUCCAUACCGCUCCCCCCUCCUCUGCGUCUCCCCUACCUCCAUCCCACAAGGUCGAGAUAAGUAUACAUCCAUGUACCAAAAAAAAAAAAAAAAAAAAAA